ACACACACACACACACACACACACACACACACACACACACACACACACACACACAACCGGACAGCAAGACACAACUGAUGGUGGACGUGAGCUCGGCAUCACUGCCCAUGCAGGUGCCCCCCGGCUCCUCAGCCAUCCUUCCCAUGGAUCUGCGCGUAGUGGACCACCACCCCCACCUCCACCACCACGCACCAGCACCAGCAGAGCAGCAGCUGCAGCAGGAGCUGGUGACGCUCAAACACAAGCAGCAGCUCCAGAGACAGAUCCUGAUCGCUGAGUUCCAGAGGCAGCAUGAGCAGCUGUCGCGCCAACAUGAAGUCCAGCUGCAGGAACAUAUCCAGCACCAACAGGACCUCCUGGCCCUUAAGCACCAACAGGAGCUGCUGGAGCACCAGAGGAAGAUGGAGCAGCAGCGUCACGAGCAGGAGAUAGAGAAGAAGCAGCGGGAACACAAACUCCUGCUGCUGAAAAACAAGGAGAGGGGACAGGAAAGUGCAGUCGCUAGUACAGAGGUGAAGAUGCGACUUCAGGAGUUUGUCCUGAACAAAAAGAAAGCCCUGGCUCAGCGCAGCCUGAACCACUGUAUGCCCGGAGACCCGCGCUUUUGGUAUGGAAAAACCCAGCACAGCUCUUUGGACCAGAGCUCUCCUCCCCAAACUGCAUUGUCAGCCUACUGCCACCCAAUGCUGGGCACAUACGACUCAAAAGACGACUUCCCUCUCCGCAAAACAGCCUCUGAGCCCAACCUCAAGCUUCGUUCCCGGCUAAAGCAGAAAGUGACAGAGCGCCGCAGCAGCCCGUUACUCCGAAGGAAAGAUGGUCCCAUCACUACUGCCAAGAAGCGUUCCCUAGACGUGGCCGAGUCUGCAUGCAACAGUGCACCCGGCUCAGGUCCCAGCUCCCCCAACAACAGCUCCAGUAACAUCCCCAAUGAGAACGGGGUCACCAUCUCCAGCUGCCCAGGAGAGGUCUCUCUGCUUCAGAGGUUGGCAGCACGGGAUGGUUCAGUUAGCCAUCUCUCUCUCUACACCUCCCCUUCUCUUCCCAACAUCACCUUGGGACUGCCUGCUAGCUCUGUGGUGUCAGGACACCAAGAUGGUGACAGUCGUCUGGCACUGCCUGCGUUACAGCAGAGCAUUGGUCUGACCCCUCCAUUCCUGCCCACUGCCCACCUGCCCUCCUACUUGGCAUCCUCGGCUCUGGACAGGGAGGGGGCCGGAGGGGGCACGGCUGGUCACAACCCCCUCCUCCAACACAUGGUGCUGCUGGAGCAGAGCCACAAUUCAAUGGUGGGUCUUGCUGGCCUCCAGCUAAUGUCGCCUUCUGUCUCCAAACUUGCGCGGGGCCACCGCCCCCUCGGGAGGACCCAGUCGGCCCCCCUGCCCCAGCAGCAGUGUGGACAGGCCCAGGCCCUGCAGCAGCUGGUCGUCCAGCAGCAACACCAGCAGUUCCUGGAGAAACACAAACAACAGUUCCAACAGCAGCAGCACAUCAUCAACAAGAUCAUGUCUAAGCCCGGGGACCAGGUGUCGGCGGUGGGCUCCAGCGCCUCGGGGCCUGGCCGUCAGCACCAGAGCCACCCGGAGGAGACGGAGGAGGAGCUGAGGGAGCACCAGGGCCUCUCCCUGUCGCCCUCCUCCUCCUCCUCUCCUAUGUCCGCACAGGAGAUGGGGCCCCUUCGAGGGAUGGUCAUCAAGCAGGAGCCACAGGACCCCCAAGAGCAUGAGGAGAGAGAGAACAGGGAGAGACUAAGAGACCAAGAGCAGGACUUCAUGUUCCGACAGCAGGCUCUGCUGUUAGAGCAGCAGCGGAUCCACCAGCUGAGGGACUACCAGGCCUCCAUGGAGAAGGCGGGAUUAUCGGUCAGCUUCGCCGGACACCGCCCGCUCUCCAGGGCGCAGUCGUCCCCCGCCUCCGCCUCCUUCCCCAUGGUGGUGCAGGAGCCCCCCGCCAAGCCUCGGUUCACUACAGGUCUGGUGUACGACUCUUUGAUGCAGAAGCACCAGUGUAUGUGCGGGAACACCACCAGCCACCCAGAGCACGCCGGCCGCAUCCAGAGCAUCUGGUCCCGCCUGCAGGAGACAGGCCUCAGGGCGCACUGCGAGUGUAUCCGCGGCAGGAAGGCCUCACUGGAGGAGUUACAGACGGUCCACUCCGAAGCACACGUCCUGCUGUACGGAACCAACCCACUGCGGCAGAAACUGGACUGUUCAGUGAGCCCCAUGUUUGUGAGGUUACCAUGCGGAGGAGUAGGGGUGGAUAACGAUACCAUCUGGAAUGAGGUCCAUUCAUCCAGCGCGGCUCGUCUGGCCGUGGGCUCCGUGGUGGAGCUGGUCUUCAAAGUAGCAUCAGGAGAACUCAAGAAUGGUUUUGCUGUAGUUCGACCACCUGGACACCAUGCUGAGGAGAGCACGCCAAUGGGCUUCUGUUACUUCAACUCAGUCGCCAUAGCAGCCAAGCUGCUGCAGCAGAGACUCAACGUCAGUAAAGUCCUCAUCGUGGACUGGGACGUCCACCAUGGUAACGGUACCCAGCAGGCCUUCUACGCAGACCCCAAUGUUCUCUACCUGUCGCUGCAUCGCUUUGAUGAUGGGAACUUCUUCCCUGGCAGUGGAGCACCUGAGGAGGUGGGCAGUGAAGCAGGCGUAGGCUUCAACGUGAACAUGGCCUUUACAGGAGGACUUGAACCUCCCAUGGGUGACGUGGAGUACCUGGCUGCUUUUAGGACGGUGGUUAUGCCGAUUGCCAACGAGUUUGCCCCUGACGUGGUUCUGGUAUCUUCAGGCUUUGAUGCGGUCGACGGACACGCUCCACCCCUGGGAGGAUACAAACUCACAGCCAAAUGCUUCGGCUACCUGACGAGGCAGCUGAUGGCUCUGGCAGGCGGUCGCUUGGUGCUUGCCCUGGAGGGGGGUCACGACCUCACAGCCAUAUGUGAUGCCUCCGAAGCCUGCGUCUCUGCCCUCCUUGGCAAUGAGUUGGACCCCAUUCCUGACGAGGUACUUCAACAGAGACCGAAUGCCAAUGCUGUCCACUCUAUGGAGAAAGUUCUUGAAAUACAAAGUAAAUACUGGCGCUCACUGCUGCGCUCCGCCUCGACACUCGGUUGCUCUCUGAGCGAAGCCCUUCGGUGUGAUGCAGACGAGGCAGAGACCGUCUCAGCUAUGGCCUCACUGUCUGUCGCCAACAAACACAUCGGAAAGAGGGCUGAAGAGGAACCAAUGGAAGAGGACGCUGUAAUGUAAAGAAAAAUCCCUAGCCUUUGACCACUCACACCAGUCUUUAUCUUUGACAGUGUCGUCAUCCUGUCAAUUGAAAUGCCACUCCUAUGUCUCCCGCCUGCCACACCAAGAUGGCAUCUUUUUAUGAGAGAGAACUAGCAGUGGCACUCAAUGGAAACGGAACACUGAAGAUGAGCGAUGCAUUCGCUGAUCAGCAGUGCACAGACUGAUCAGCAUAAAUGUGUUGUCUCUUGGAUUUAAGAGGAUUGACUCAGCCAUCCCGCAAUGACAACCUCGAGUGCCAGUGCUUUUAAAACAGUCGGACCAAUACACGUCGUUGUCUACUUUUCCUAUUGUUCUGUUUUUUCUGUGCUUUAUCGUCACACUUUCAUUGAAAAACAACCCUGCUCUACGGAUGGAUCAUUCCUGCUCUUUUAAGAUAUCCGGAUAAUUGGGACAAAGUGUUCACAUUUGUUGCCGUUUUCCCUGAGGGGUUGAAGAUAACAUUAUGGAAAAUGUCGGCGAUUCAAAUGACUGACAGUGAAAGACGUUUGUGCCUUUUUUUUCAAACCUGGUGGAUUUUUUCUUGAAAGAGCUUUGCCUUAAAUAACAGGUUUGGGAAGAAGUCCUCUCUUCUCCCCAACUCCUUCAACUUUUCUAUCUUGGCAAGACAUCCGAUGCCUGCAUGUUGUUGGCACAUAGACCUUGGCAUGUUUACCAAUAUUUCCCUGCAGCCUACUGUCUCUCCCUUUGCAUUCAUCUUUCCUUUAUUGCCUUCAUUUGAAUGAUGGCAUUGUAGAAGGGAGUUCUCCGCCACAAGUUGGAGGUGGUUCACUUAGAGGAAGUUAGUAGUAGUUCUAUGUAUCAGAAACCUGAGUAAACAGCUUGAAGGGCUUCCUCAGACAAUCUUGUCAUUCAAGCUUAGGUUCCAAUCAAGCUAAACUUCUACUCGGUUACAUUUAGGUAACAAAACUGUUAUGUUGGGUAAAAAAGUCACGGUUUGGCUUUGAAAAAGUAAGUUAGUUGGAUAAUUAAGUGAAGGACGUUAGUAACAAAAAAGGUCCGCUUUGACUCUGGUUUCACAGAGGACCCAAACUGUGGGCCUCUUGGAUCAAAGUUCUGUGACACAUUUACCCAUGAAUUAAUACUUCCUCCAAAGGCAGACUUCUGCUGACUUCCUUAAGAAACAUACUUGUAACACGUUAAAAAAAAA